AUGCCGUUUUUGGGUUGGAGGCAGGAGGCUGGCCGCGCGAAAGGAAUCGAUGUAAGGCUGGCGGCUCAUUAAUCCCAACGGCGGCUCGACGUUUUCGCCUGUUAUCCAGAUGAGCUCACCGUCGGUGGCUCCGCGGUCCUUGCCCUACGGAACCGCUCAAUCCGUCGAUGCCGGUCAGUUUUUGAAUAUUCAAUGAGAAUCUCCGUUUUGAAGUUGUUGGAAAUUCAAUUCAAAAAGUAGUUUAAAUCAAGAAAUGCUUAAUGUUAAAAGGAAUGAAAACGAAUAGCGCAUAGUCAAGACCUUCCUUGAAAAUAACCCGGGACAAUCCCGUUAUAGGCCACGCCGAACAAGUAUCUGAGUUAUUUGACUUUAGUUCAUUUUUUAAAAAAAAUCACAUAAAGAACUUUUCUUGACAUUUUUUUCUUUCUAUCAUUUAUCGAACAAAGUACAAAAAUGCUCAUAUCAACAAUUUUUUUGACGUGAAUAAUAAAAUCCACAAGUUUUUUUAAUCGAAACUCGUGAAAAAAAUUUUUUUCAUUCAAGGGUAAAUCGACGGUUUGUUGCGCAAUCAAAUUUUUUUCAAGGCCUAAUUUUUUUCAUAAAAAUAUUUUUCUGAGCAUGGGUUUUGAGAAAAUUUCUUUUACUUUUUGCGAAGAAAUAAACUAUCUAACUAACUAAAAGUUAAACCUCGAAACAUAGCGUUCUAUCAAAAUUAUUCAUUAGUUAAGCGUAAUUUGCAAAUUCGCUUGAAAAAGAUUUGAAUUUUCACCAUCAUUUCAACUGCCCUAAAUAAAAUCCUGUACAACGGUUCAAAUCAAAAAAACAACCAAAAACUAAAUGAAGGAAAAAAAUUUUGCGACAUACAAAUCAAAACGAAUAAAAAUAUUAGUUUCGAAAAAUUUUUUUCGAAAUUUCGACUUAAGAAAAAUUUCACUAAAUGUGCAGAAUCUUCAUGUUUUUUUCCAAUUAGAAAUAAAAACGAUUAGACAGAACGUAAUGACAAAAUAAAAAAAAAACUUUACGGAUUUAAUUUUGUAGCUAAAAAAAUUGUUCACAUAGAUAAAACUGAGCAGAGUUGGAAAAACCCGAAUCAAAACUUUCUUUAUCGCGUAGUCUGAGGCCAAAGCAAGAAAAAGGGAAGAGUGCGCAAACUGUCAACGCCGUAUGUGUUUUCGGGCCGAUCGAUCUUUUCCCAGUCCCGAUAUUUAAUGAUCAGGACUUUUCCAUCUUCUCUAUGUUACUAAAUGUAUCAACGACUGGCGCAAGAAGAAAAUGAACGAGCCGUAAAAGGUAUUUCUCGAGAAUCGGCUCAGAAAAAUUUAGCGGUUUAUUUCUCAAUUUCAAUUUCAAUUCAGGAAAAACAAGAAAUUUGUUUUUCUUCAUAGUUCUGAUGACAAUAAGAAAAAAAAACAAGUUUUAUUCGAUUAAUUGAAAAAUUAUGCUUUUUUUGUUCAUCAAAGAAUUUUAUGAAUUUCCAAGUUUUUUUAAAAAAAUUUUAUGAAUCUUUUGAAACCACUCCAAAAAAAGAAUUAGCACAUUGGGGAAUAAUUUAAAAAAAUGCACCCAUGAAUAUGGAAAGUAGAAACCUUGGAGUUUGUUCCAUUUGUUAAUUGAUGGCUUGAAAAAAUAUUAAAAUGUUUACAUCAUCACUAGAAAAGUUCGCAAAGAGUUUUCAGGGGUAUCCAUUUUAUUUUUGUCUUUAUUUAAUCUCAGUCGAAUUUUUUUCAAAAAAAUCGUGAUCAUUUUUUUCAGAUGAUUUCUCGACAAAGAAGAAAUGGUAUGGAAGACGUCACUUGGUCGCCGUGCUGGCUCUUCUGGGAUUCGCCAACAUUUACGCGAUGCGGGCCAAUCUCAGCAUCGCCAUUGUUGAGAUGACGUCCGGAUAUGACAGACACGUCAACGGAACCAUUGUUCAUGUAAAGGAGUCUUCAUUUCCCUAGAAUAUUAAUUAUUUCAAGGUUCCUGCCGAGUUCGGUCAUUGGUCGUUUGUCACGCAAGGCGUCAUCUUGAGCGCAUUUUUCUACGGAUACAUUUUGACCCAACUGCCUGGAGGAUAUUUGGCUUAUAAGUAUGGUGGAAAGACAACUUUUUUCGCGGGAACUUUUGGUGAGAAAUUUAAAAAAAACCAAAAUAUUGCGGAAUUAACAGGAACGGCUGUUUUUACCAUUAUGACACCUCCGCUGGCCAAAAUGGGAUAUGGCGCACUAAUCUUGGCACGAUUUUUUGAAGGAGUUUUGGAAGUUAGUUGAACUUUAUCUUGUUUUCGUUCAAGUUUGAAAAAAAGCAAACAUUCUCCAAAAAUUUCAUACUCAUGACCUUUUUUUGAUAAUUUCAUGUAAAUAGUGAUUGAAAAGUUCAUUUUUACGUAAGAACAUUUUUAGCUCGUGAUGAAUUUUUUAGGGCGUCACCUACCCAGCCAUGCAUGUCGUCUGGAGCCACUGGGCGCCAGCGAUGGAAAAGACCAAACUAGCAACUUUUGCCUUUUCGGGGUGUGAAGUUACCAAAAGAAAAACUUCUUGAAGGAAAAUUUGCAGUUCAUACUUUGGAACUGUGGUAGCCAUGCCGUUGUCGGCGUACAUUGGGGAAGGCUUUGGUUGGCCGGGAAUUUUUCUUUUUUUCGGUGGGUAUGAAAGGUGUUCGAAAUGUUAAAGAAAACGUUUAGGUAUUGUUGGGAUGGUUUGGUGUGCAGUUUGGCAGAGAACGGUCUACGACAGGCCAGCGGACGAUGUGAACAUUUCAACCGACGAAUUGACGCUUCUCCAAAGGGACGCCAUUAGUGAAUGCCAAUACGUGAGUUCUCUAUUCGUUAUUUUCCAGCAAACUGAAAAAGUAUUUUUAGUUAAAAGAAAUUUUUUAGGCUACUUUUGAUAAAAAUUGAUACUGACGCCGUUUCACUUUUCCUUUCAAUUCAUUUUCCUGCUGAUCAAGCAAAAUUUAAAGACACUUGCAAAUAAAAGCACGUAUAUUUUCUCCAGCAUCAGCUAUCUUCCGCGUUACAGAAAAAAGACAGCGAACAACUGUUCAUGAAAAAGACACGGAACGGAAGAUUUUCAGGUGGUUCCAUGGCGUGAGAUCUUGCGAAGUAAAGCUGUAUGGGCCGUGAUCAUGGCACAUUUUAGCCAAAACUGGGGAUUCUACACUAUGCUCACUAAUUUGCCAAGAUUCCUGAAAGAUGUAGCCGAUUAUGACAUUGAAAAGGUGAGGAUGAAAAUCGGAAAUGGUGAAAAAAAGUAAACAGAAAAAAACUUUUUCUUCUCAAAAAUUUUAAUAAAUAACAUGAAAUUGUAAUCUUUCAAAUAAAAAAAUACCAAGCUUCCAAAGCAAACGAGUGCGAGACGCCUUGGAUAGCCGUGAGAUUUUCUAACAGAAAACAUUUCAACUGCACACUGACAACUUUUGAUAAUUCUGGAAACUUAUUAGAAAAAAAAUCUUUACCCCGGUCAACUUUCUGACGUUUUUCCAUCUCGCAAAAAGCUCAAGUUGCCCUCGAGUAAUAUCCGCGCGUCGACGGAUCCGAGAAGAUCAAACAAGAAAAUCGGCGCUCGCCGAGAAUAUUUGCCUCAUCGGCAGAGUGUUUCAGCAUAAGAGUCUGCUCCCACGCGUUUUUUUUUCUCGUUGGUCUCAGCCCUUGAAAAGGUUACGAACUUGCGUAAAAAUGACGAGAGAAGUAAACUGAAUGAAAUUCCGAAUAGUUUCCGCUGAAAUUUGAAAAAAGCUAAAUGACCUUAUUUUUAGAUAAAUUUUGGAAAAUGAACGUUCAAUUUCAAUAAUAAAACGAAGAUUUUCUGCAAAGGGAAUGAUUUUUAAUUGUUCGAAGUGAUUUCCGUCUUUCGAAAAAGCUUUGAAUUCUGGAUUACCCUCCAAUUUGCCUUCUCCUUAAUGGGCUUCCCUGGAUUUUAAAAUUGGUCCGAAUGUGAAUACGCAUUGCUUCUAAACGAAAAAAAACUCAUCAUAUGCUGAAAAAAAGGAUCUGGCGGAAAAAAGCCAUGGCAACAUCAAAAAAGCAAAUAUAUGAUAAAAAUCUAUAUCAAGCUCAAAAAUAUAUUGAAAUUAUCAAUAUGCAUCUGCAUUAUUAAUAAUAAAAAAACGCAUUUCAAUUGUAGAUUUUUUUUUUUAAUAAACGGGACAGCCUUAAUGAAAUACUGAGCAAAAAAAUUAAAACAAAACUUCGAAUCGACUAUUUUCAGGCCGGAGUAGCGAGCGCCUUGCCAUACUUCCUCAUGGGUGUGACCAUCAUUGCAGGAGGCCAUUUCGCUGAUUAUCUGCGGAAGGAAAGACAAUUCGACACUAUUUUCGUACGAAAAGCUUUUUGUACUUCGGGUAAGUAUACCAUUUGAUUUUCCUCCCUCUGAACAUCACGAAAUCAAGAAAGUUGCUUUUCUAUCUUUUUUUUUCCACACGCUGAAGCUGAAAAGCGUCUGCUGCCGAGUGGGCGUCCGCUUGCUCCUCGGAAACAUUACAACACUUAAACUCCAGAGAUCGCAUACAAAGAAUGUGGUUGCGUAAUAAUUGAGAGAAAACUCAGAGAUUGAAAAUGCAUCUUUAAAACUAUGGAUAAAUUGAUAAAAUUAGAAUAAAUGAAAAACUGGAAAACUUGAUAUUUUGAUGUAAAAAAUGGGCUUUCCUGGUACUCAAAAAAAAUAGGUUUCUAACUAGUGACUGUAACAAAAUUUGAUAAAUUUGAUUGCACGGUUUGCAAAACAAUGUGUGAAAAAAUCUUUUUUUUUCGUUACAGCACAACGAAAUUUAUCCAUCUUUGGUAAAACUUUCCUUUUUAAAGUUCGAAUCAACAAACUCAAAAAAAACUCCAAUGUUGUGAUCCAUUUUACCGAAAAAAAUUACUUCUCCAAUAUUGCCUCAAAAAACGAAUAAACUAUACAAAGUUAGAAUUAUGCUGAUGUAAAAUUUAAGUUGACCGCUCACUGUUUUCAAAGUUUUUUUGCAGGAUUCUUGGCUCAAUCUCUGUUUUUGGUGAUUGUUUCUCAAACAACGAACCCGACGAUUUUGGUUAUUUGCAUCUCUCUCUCAAUUGGUCUUGGAGGCGUUUGCUGGGCAGGAUUCUCUGUUAACCACCUGGAUUUGGCCCCUCAGGUACAAUUUUUUUCCAUCUAAUAAUAAAAACUUCUUUUUAGUAUGCGGGACAUCUCAUGGCACUCUCCAACACGAUCGCGACAAUUCCAGGAAUCUUCUGUCCGCUUUUUGUAGGAUUCAUCGUAUCGACUGGAGUGAGAAAAAAUUUUGAUUUUUCUUAUUAUUUUUAAGGUUUUCAGGCUGUUGUGGAAUGGCACUUCAUCCUUUAUACUAUCAUUUUGGUUUAUAUCCUUGGCGCCUUCGUUUUCUGGAAAUUCGCCGACGCCGCCUUGCAACCUUGGGCUGGUGACCAUCAUUCCUUCGUUGGACAGUUGGAAUAA